CCAGCUCCACAUUGAAUCAAUUCUAUUACCAGCAAACCCCUCCUUGUGUAGUCAAGGUAAUAUUCAUCACACCACCCGAGUGGGAGGGCGUCCAGAGCUCUAAAAAGGCCCCGGAAGAGCCGAGCGGUGAUCCCCUUGCCCUCGGCCAUGUGGUGGCUCGUCUUGGUGGUUCUGUCUUACCUGGACAGAGAGGCGGUCCGCGCUGCGGUCAGGUCGCCGGUGGAGGAGCGUGGGUCAGAGCAAGAUGUGCUGCCUUUUAUGGCUAAGGAGGAGGCCAAGAAGAGGGGGUCCGAGGAAAUGCUGAGGAGAGCUAAAAGAGGCUUCACGUACCCCGGGACCUUGUGGUGUGGACCUGGAAACAUGGCAGACCAUUAUGACCAGUUAGGGAAGUUUAAGAAGACGGAUAGCUGCUGCCGCACACAUGACAACUGUCCUCACGUAAUCCACGCCUUUUCCACCAAAUACGGCUACACCAAUUUCAAGUUUCACUCCAUCUGUCACUGUGACUGUGACGAAGCGUUGAAAAAUUGCCUCCGCCAAGUCAAUGACACAUCCUCCAGGGUGGUUGGGCAGACAUUCUUCAAUGUGAUUGGCUCGCCUUGCUUCGAUCUUAUCUACGAGGAGCACUGUGCAGAGCGCCACUGGUAUGGCGUAUGCAAACGAUACGAGAAGCUGCCCAUCGCUGUGGUGAAGGAGGCUGUCCCGUACGACUACGGUGGCAUCGAUGUCAUUGAUGUGGUGACAAGGGCACCUCCCAAGGAGAAGGGUGACAGCGAGACGGAAGGCAUGACGGAUGCCACCUUGCCCUACCCAGAGGAACCCUUCCUCGGUAACAUGGUCACCGCCGCCGAGGACUUCAUCAAGGUGCUCGCAACAGUCUCCUCCACUUCAACCGCUGACACUGACAAAGAGUCGCAAAGCUCGGAGAAGAAAAAGAAAAAGGAGAAAGACAGAGCCAAGAAAAAGAAGAAAAAGGGUAAAGGCAGGAAAAGAAAGGAGAAAGUUAUUGAUCAAACAGCCACACAAAGACUGAGUGAGGGUAAGUCAGAGCCUUCCAAUGAGGUGAUGAAGGAUGAACCAUUGAUGGAGACUGCAAAGUAUCCUCAGACGACAGCAGAAAUCAGUCCUCUUGCUGCAUCUCCGUCCAAAAACAGGCAACCAAAGAAGGGCAGUAAAAAGGAAAACAUACCCCUGACCAACCUGCAGGAGGUACCUCAGUUACCAGUCCACCCAACUAGCAACCUCCCUGCCAUCCCAAAGUCACAACCUGAACAGAAAUUCCCUAGUAAGGAGAUCCCUCAACCUGCAGUUUAUUCCUUGGACAUCUUAAGUCUAUCAUCUACCAUGACAGCAGGAGAAACCACACCUCCUGCUAGGUCUCUAUCAAAAACCAGGCAACCAGGAAAGGCAAGGAGAAAGGAGGAUGUACCCAUGACUUCUCUUGAGGAGAUUCCUCAACUUACGGUCGAGUCUUACAACCUAAGUGUGCCUUCCAGACCAACAAUUCUGAUACCAAAACAGCUGCCUGGUGAAGAGAUCCUACAACCAGAGGUUGAACUGAUUCAAAACCUCAGUGUCACAUAUCCAGUUAUAGCAGAAGAAACGACUCCUCAUUUUGGGUAUGUCUCAAAAAUUAAAAAACCAAAGAAGGGCAGGAAAAUGGAAAGGGUACUAGUAACUUCCUCUGAGGAGAUCCCUCAACCUAAGUUCAACUUAAUUGAGAACCUAAGUGUCACUUUGACCCCCAUCAACCUCAACAAACAGAUUCUUCAACCUAUGGUAGAUUUCACCAACAGCCAACGUUUCACAUCUCCUCUGACACCAAAUCAAGAAAGUUCUCAAGAUGGGUCUCCAGCAAAAAUCCGGCAUUUAAGAAAGGGCAGAAGGAAGGAGAAAGCACCAGUGACUCAACCUGCAUUGGACACAACUGAAAACCUCCAUCCCAUAGUGAUGUCGCAACCCAAACGUCAGGGCCCUGGUGAGGUGAAUGCUCAUCGUCGGAGGGAAUCCACCAACAUCCAAAGUAUGCCUUCCAUUCCCACCACCCAAAUGUCACACGAGCAACAACUUGGUGACGGUAUCCCCCAAACUCCAGUCACUUCCAUCAAUACGAUAAUCCUGGAACCACAAUCCGAACAGCAGCUCCCGGGUGUAGAUGAGACCCCAUCACCUGCAGUCGACUUAACCGAAAUUCAUGUCAUUCAUUCCAUUCCGAUGACACAACAAUGGUCUGAGCAAAUUCCUAAAUCUUUGAGAUACAUCACCCCCACAUCCACCCCAGCCAUGGGUAUCCCUCAACUUGUGGUCAAAUCCACUUCUAACCAGGGUGCCACUUUCAUCUCGGCGUCACAACCCGCGCAACACCUUGGUGAGAAGAUCGUUCAAUCCACAACUUCCGCGUACACAAUCCUAGUGUCACAGAGCAGACAGCAAAGCCCUGGUGAAGGGCGAUCUGUACCCGUUCUUACAGGUAUCCCGAACGUCAAGAGAAAACAUUCACAAGAUAAAGGCGCCAAUGAGGGCAGGAAAAAAAAGACGAAACCGCGGCCCAAUUUAGGGACUCAGAGCAUAGCGCUGAACCCAACCAUUGAGCUCUCUCAAAUUCCUGUCACAAUCACAGCAGGGUUUCCAACAGUUACUGUUGUGCAGAGACGGAGGUUCAGUGAAGGCAGACAAAGAACUGGAAAGAUAACGACAGCAGUCAAUGGACUAAGUGUUGCGAGAAGAAAGAAGCCCAAGAAGUCAGGGAAGAAAUCUAUGCUAGCCAGUAAACAUUCUAAUACAGAAUUCCCAGGUUUGACAUCGACACUCGUACCUGCCAAAGAAAGAGUUGAACAGUUGAGACCUAGGGUAUCUGUUCUCCCAAAAGCUAAUGCCAUUGAGCGGUCGCUGGAGAGACUCCGAGAGCAGUUUGCCUGGAAGAAGAGAAGAAAAGCAGCUCGGUCCACUCGUACACUUGCUGUUUAGCUGAUGGGGGACUUUAAAUCUGACUGAAUCAUCUUUUGAAGCUUAGAUACACUGUAUGAAAUCAGAGAUGGAAAAUGAAUCAAACAUGAUUGUAAUACAAGGAUCUUGUAAGGUACAUGUCCUUAAUAAACCAAAAGGUAAUUGAUGUUUCUGUUCAGGUUUUCGUUUUUGGGGGUAAUUAUGGGAAUUGAUUAGGGUUGUUCCGAUCAUGUUUUUUUGCUCCCGAUCCAAUCGUUUUAGUUUGAGUAUCUGCUGAUCCCGAUAUUUUCCGAUCCGAUUGCUUUUUUUUGCUCCCGAUUCAAUUCCAAUCAUUCCUGAUAAUUUUUCCCGAUCAUAUACAUUUUGGCAAUGCAUUAAGAAAAAAAUGAAUAAAACGCGGACGAAUAUAUACAUUCAACAUACAGUACAUAAGUACUGUAUUUGUUA